UGCACCGUGGCGGCGACGUCGACGGCACUAAUUACGAUGAAACUGCAGUUGAAAGCGAAAGCCUGACGCUACUGGGAGCACCUGUUAACGUAGUCGCAGUGCCAACCUUCUUGAGAGGCAAAAUUCAACAGAUCGAGCGGUUGGUCGAAAAGCUGAAACUGUUGCCGUCCCAACAAGCACUGUACCUGCUCCGAAAUUGUCUCAGCGUGCCAAAAUUAAUGCAUACGUUGCGCAGCAGCCAGUGCUACGAACACCCCGAGGCCCUGCGGGAAUUCGACAACUUAAUGCGAAGCGCGGUUACUACAAUUGUUAAUGCUCAUAUCGACGACAAGAGCUGGAUACAAAUGACUCUUCCGGUCGGUCGGGGAGGUCUGGGAAUACGGCGGGCAGAGGAGCUAGCUUUGUCAGCGUUUAUCGCUUCGGCGUCCUCGGCUUUGCCAGUGUGCCUGGAAAUGCUUCCCGUCGACCGGUUAUCGGGUCUAGAUCAGGCUAUGGAGAAGUGGGUUAAGAUGUAUCAGUGCGAACUGCCCCCGGAAAAUUUAAGAAAACAUCAGAAAAGCUGGGAUUGGCCGGUCGUGGAACGUGUAUACUCCCAGAUACGCCUACAAGCGAAGGCCAGCGGUAAGCCGCAAGUAAUGGCAGCAUUAUUAGCGGCAUCCGAAAAGGAGUCAGCGGCAUGGUUGCACGCGUUACCGGCAGCUUGCUUGGGAACGGUGGUAAACGACGAACAAGUUAGAGUAGCCGUAGGAUUACGAUUUGGCUUGCCAGUGGUGGCACCGCAUGAAUGCGCAGGAUGUGGCUUCCAAGUAACCCCUGACGGUCACCACGGAUUGUCCUGCCUGUACAGCAAAGGUAGAUGGAGCCAACAUACAGAACUGAACAGUAUACUGGAGCGGGCAUGUAUAGCAGCGGGAUUUCCAUGUGAGCUGGAACCCAAAGGUGUAUUCAGAGACAACGGAAAACGCCCGGAUGGAAUGACACUGGUGCCAGUGCGAGAGGGAAAGCAGCUGGUAUGGGACGCCACCUUUGCAGACACGUUAGCACAAUCUUACCUUAUACGGUCAGCAAAGGCGGCGGGCGCAGCGGCUCAUCAAGCGGAAAUCCGCAAACGAUACAACUAUCGGGGUCUGGGCGACCAGUAUUGGUUUUAUCCUUUUGCCGUGGAAACCCUCGGAGUGCUUGGCGAAGCAGCUAGAGAAGUGGUCAGCUUUUUCGGACGGAAAAUCAAGGAUAGAUCUGGAGAAAGCAGAUCCACGGCAUUCUUAAAGCAGCGUAUUAGUCUGGCAAUUAUUAAAGGCAAUGCGGCUGCGGUUUUAGGAACUUUACCGGUGACAACAGUUAUCGCUAAGUGCUGCAUCGUCUAGCCACGGAUGCCGGUGAGCAACGAUCAACAGCCAAAGCUAGCACAAGCCACGCACGACCGUUUAAUAUACCGUGGUGAGGGCCGGUUAUACAGACACGGCACCGGUGCGGAUGUGUUCAGGUUCUGCUGCGUCAUUCCCGGCAUACGUGUGCUCAGCACACACCACUGCACAGCACACUGUGCUGUGCAGUUGUGCACCACCUGUAGGACAACCAACCUCCUGCAGGUUCGUACUAUUGCUUCAGCAGGGUGAAACCGGUUUGGAUGUCUGGAAACCCUUUUUUUACACACAUUGGAAGUCACCCGGAAGCGGCAAAAAAAACCGGCGAGACUCAAAGAGCUACGGAUAAUCUUACCGGCGCAUUAGCAUAGAAAUCCAGCGUAGAAACAGCAGGGAACAGCUUUCCGCUUGAAGCAAAAUUCAGAUUAGU